UUUCAUUUAACCCAAGUAAAACAAAAGGCCCUAUUUCCAUCGUCAAAGGAUGUACGGUCAAGACGGAGGCGAAGCUGCUCCGCCUUUUUAUGGUGGUGGAUAUACCAGUUCUGGAGGCUACGGUGGAGGCGGUCGAGGUGGAGGUCACGGGGGCCGUGGCGGCGGCAGAGGAGGAGGUGGAGGAUAUGGCGGUGGUUCUCAAAAUCGAGGAGGCGGAGGAGGCUAUCAAAGAGAGCGCGGUGGAAGAGGUGGUGGCCGUGGUGGAGGCGGACGAGAUGGUGAUUGGCUUUGCCCUAAUCCCAGCUGUGGGAAUUUGAACUUUGCAAGAAGAGUUGAAUGUAACAAAUGCGGUGCACCCUCUUCUGCAUCUGCUGGUGAACGUGGUAGUGGUAGUUAUAGCAGAGGUGGUGGUGGAGGAUAUGGUGGUAAUCAGGGAGGUAGAGGAGAUGGGGAUAGAGGUGGUUAUGAUAGUGGGAGGAAUAACAACUAUAAUGGAGGCAGAUAUGGGAAUUAUGAUAACAGAAGCAGUGGUAGUAGAGGUGGUUCUUAUGGAGGUAGUCAAGGAGGGGAAGACGAUGGCUAUGGUAAAGUUCCUCCUCCAGCGCCCAGUUCUUAUGGUGGAAACUAUCCACCUGCUCCUAAUGCAUAUGGUGGAAAUGCAAAUUAUGGAAUGGAAGCUGUUCCUCCACCAACAGGUUAUACUGGUGGACCCACAUCAUACCAUCCACCUUAUGGUGGCUCUGCAGGUGGUGGAGGUUUGAGUGAUGUGAGCACUGGUGGUCGAGGGGGAGCUCCUGGUCGAUAUGAUGGUGGGUAUGGUUCUGGUGGUCCUCGAAAUCAAGGAGCUGGUCAUGGUAGUCCUCCUGUUGACACAUCAGUUAAGAUCAAGCAGUGUGACGGCAACUGUAGUGAUUCUUGUGACAACUCAAGAAUAUACAUAUCAAAUUUGCCGCCUGAUGUUACUAUUGAAGAAUUAAAAGACCUUUUUGGUGGCAUUGGACAAGUCGGAAGAAUUAAGCAGAAGCGUGGCUAUAAAGAUCAGUGGCCCUGGAAUAUUAAAAUAUACACAGAUGAGAAAGGAAACCAGAAAGGCGAUGCAGUUUUGUCUUAUGAAGAUCCUCAGGCUGCUCACUCUGCUGGUGGUUUCUUUAACGAUCAUGUCAUGAGAGGCUAUACGAUCAGCGUGGCUAUGGCAGAGAAGACUGCACCCAAAGUAUAUGAUCAUGGAGGUGGUAGAGGCGGCUACGGAGGUGGUGGCAACAGGCACAGGGAUAGUUACAGAGAUGGAAGUUCUGGACCAGACAGGCACAACCAUGGUGGAAACCGUUCACGUCCAUAUUGAGGGACAUCGAUCGUCAACUAUUUUAUGUACUAAGAAUUGUGGUCUAAGGGUUCUAGUUGUGUUGCAUUGACAGGAUUAUUCUUGAACAGGAGACUAAGAGGUAGGUUGUUCACUUGUCUGGGCAAUACCCUUUUUUCUCCUAACUCCUUUGUUCUGUUAGCUGGGGAUUUUUCCUUUCUUUUCGUUAGAUUGAUCGAGUUGGUGAAUCUUUUUAUAGAGGCAAGUGGAUUAACUCAAAAUUGCUUGCUGCUAAGGUAGGUUGAUAAUAUCAGGCGAGUCCUGCUCUUCUAAAAAACACAUUCACCCUUUUGUUUGGUUAACGCUUAGUGGUGGAUUCGAUUUUAU